AUGGUGGGGCACCUACACUUGCAAGCUAUGGAUGACAGUCUGAAAGGAAAGAACCGGGAGGGCUUGCUCGACAGUCCGGAUUCCGGACUGCCCCCGAGCCCCAGCCCGCCCUUCUACUCGCUGUCCCCGGCUUUGCUGGAGCCGCGCCCCGGGAGCUGCGCUACCCCCACCGAACAUGGACAAUGGAGGAGGGAGAGUAGAGAGGGAAAGCUGCUACCAUACCUGCUGCUGAAUUCUACGGGGGCAGAUGCCAAGUGCCGCCUGUACCCCGUGGUGUUUGGAGAGAGCAUUGAGGUCAAUCCUGAGCCGGAGCAGGAGAUCAGGUGCAGCACAGAGGUUCGAUAUGCUUCAGACAGGCGCUUCCGCAACCAGGUCUACUGUGCACCGGUUCCGACAGUGACGGGCUACAGCGAGACAGUGGUGGCACUGCGCGAUUGCACAUGGCGGAGCUACAAGUCGGAGGUGCAACUGGAGCCGCGCCAGCGGCCACUGCACUACCAGAGUGUCACCAUCGUGUUCCCCAAGCACACCAAGCGGACAUACCGCACGACGCUGCUCUACAAUGCCACCGCCGCCAGCCGCCGCUUCAUCGCCAGUGUGCAACUGCGCUCCAGAGAGGACAGCAGCCCCUGCAUUAUCUACACUGAGGACCUUUAAAUCCAGCCAUUCCGGCCCCAGCCUGGCCCCGCUCCCACAGAGUGCCUUGCGGGCUGAUGGUAGGGUGGAUAGACGUCAGAGGGGUCUGACGGAUGGCCUUACCGUCUAGGGAAACACAGAUGACUGGAGUCAACAGACCCACGGUGUCUGCGUCUGCAGACAAGUGAGCGCAUUUGACCGCAUGCAUGAGUCUGCGUGUUUCUGCACUAUUCCCUUGGACAUCUAUUGUUCCGUCCUCCCAUCCAAGUUUAUCAUCUCACUUUUUUUUGAUGAGUUAUUGCUUUAACCUCUGUAUUGUAGUGUAGAGUGCUUUCUCUUCUGUUUAUCAUGGUCAGUUCCUUUUCCGAUGACCCUUCAGGUCCACAGCUACGCAGCCAUAGCUCUGGCAUCUUGGAUGCUGCUGGGGGGGGUGUACCCACAUACCACAUACAUUCGUGGGUCAGGUGCCAUCCAUUUUGAGGGUGAAGGACCCAGCAGUACUUCCUGUCUAAAUUAAGCCCUUUAAAUUAGCUUGAGGGGGAGGGGGGGGCGGCUGAUUAGUAGACCGGA